AUGAUAGUUGGUCGAGAACGAUUAGGAGUUGGCGUAUUGGAUGAUUGUAUCUAUGCAGUUGGCGGAUAUAACGGCAACAGUGCUUUAAAAAGUGUAGAGGUUUUUGAUGUCAUUACCCGAAAAUGGAAAAUAGUGUCUAGUAUGACAAUUGAGAGACUUCAAUUGGGCGUUGGUGUACUCAAUAAUCGUCUAUACGCUGUUGGUGGUUAUGCAAAUGGUGAAAGUUUUAAAUCUGUGGAAUAUUAUGAUCCCACACUUGACAUAUGGACUCCGGUUGCAGAAAUGUCUGAGUGUCGUGAAGGUGUUGGUAUAGGGGUUUUGGAUGGACUUAUGUACGCAAUUGGUGGCAAUAAUAGAUAUAGCUAUCUUAAAAGUGUUGAGGUUUAUAGACCAAGUGAUGGAGUUUGGUCUUCUAUAGCUGAUAUGAAUUUAUGCCGAUUUUCCCCUGGAGUAGCUGUAUUAGAUGGUUUAUUGUAUGUUUUUGGCGGAGAAAUAGGAUCUAUUUUUGAUACUUUUGAAAUUUACAACCAUAACACUAAUACUUGGACCUUGGAAAGAUUGUCAAGAAAUGGAGUACAAAUUUAUGGUGGAGUAGUUGUCGAUAGACCACAUCAUUAUCAUUAA